UCGCGGGGCAUUGUGGGGCGGAGGCGGCCUCUCUGCGUCCAGGCUGUGGGGGAAACCUUCAAGUAAAUAACGUGAAGCGGAGGGAGGACCAGUCGGAGCGCAGCCUGCGAGAGAAACCAGCACACCCGGCCUGCGUCGCUCUGAACAUAUUACAAACCGCAAUAUUACACGGACAUGGGACAGGAGGACAUUAUGAGUGCAGCCGAAGACGUGGCAGACCAGUUCCUGCGGGUAACCAAACAGUACCUACCCCACCUGGCACGCCUGUGUCUUAUCAGCACCUUCCUCGAAGACGGGAUCCGCAUGUGGUUCCAGUGGAACGAGCAGAGAGACUACAUCGAGGCUACCUGGAGCUGCGGCUACUUCCUGGCAACGUGCUUUGUGCUGCUUAACCUCGUCGGACAGUUGGGUGGUUGUGUCCUCAUCCUGAGUAGAAAUUUUGUACAGUAUGCCUGCUUUGGAUUAUUUGGCAUCAUAGCGCUACAGACUGUUGCAUACAGCAUUUUAUGGGACCUUAAAUUUUUGAUGAGAAACCUUGCCCUCGGCGGCGGUCUGCUCCUGCUGCUGGCCGAGUCUCGUUCGGAAGGAAAGAGCAUGUUCGCCGGAGUCCCCUCCAUGGGAGAGAGUUCACCGAAGCAGUACAUGCAGCUGGGUGGCCGAGUGCUUCUAGUGCUCAUGUUCAUGACCCUGUUACACUUUGACUCCAACUUCUUUUCUAUCCUACAGAACAUGGUGGGCACCGCCCUCAUCAUCCUGGUGGCCAUCGGCUUCAAGACCAAGCUGGCGGCGCUGACCCUCGUCGUGUGGCUCCUGGCCAUCAACGUCUACUUCAACGCCUUCUGGACCAUCCCCGCCUACAAGCCCAUGCACGACUUCCUGAAGUACGACUUCUUCCAGACGACCUCGGUCAUCGGCGGCCUGCUGCUGGUGGUGGCGCUCGGGCCCGGCGGAGUGUCCAUGGACGAGAAGAAGAAGGAGUGGUAGGCGAAGGGGGAGGUGAAAGUGAGAGGAUAUUGCACAGCACCACUAACUUCCCCCACCAACCGGGACACAAAGACCCUCCCUCAUCUCCAGUUCACCCCAUCAGAGUACUCAGAUUGUUUUUCUUCCAGCUCUUUUUUUUUUUUUUUUUUUUUUUAUUAUAUAUUAUUAUUAUUAUUAUUAUUAUUUGGCCAAAUCCAGAGAGACCACCACAUCAGCCAUCAACGGACAAGCCCUUUCUAUUGUCUAUUGUUUUUAGUUGUUCAUGAUAAUGCCAGGUAGGGUCAAAAACAGUUCUUGUGCGUCUGUCUUUUCAGGACAAGAAGAAUAAAAAUGUCCAUGUUUAUUUCAAAAGUGCAAGGAGAGUAAUUAUUCGAUGAUAGGCGGAGGAGAAGAUUUGCUUGUUCCGUGUGCAGAAGAAGAUUGAUUUUGACAGUAAUUCAUUGUAUUUUACGGGUGUUAACGCUGUAACUUAUCACAGAUUGACUUUCAUAUUUUUUUCAAUAAAACUGGCAAAUUGGAAAGUUGCAGCUGCAGGGUUCAUUGUGGAGGCUGAUCUCGAUUGGACCUCGGAGUGUCUCAGGCUCAACGCUGAGACCACGGGCACUGAUUUAAUAACGUCUCGACUUCUUCUUUUUUUAAUUUCUCUCUCCGGCACUGUAGUGUCUUUUACAUCCGUACACUUUCAGUCUCAGCCGACUAACAACUCUUGUUCACGGGGGGGAGUCGAAUCUGGACGCGUACGUGUGGUCGAGUGCAUUAAUGGUGGAUUGAACAUUUCAACACGGUUGUUAGCUCCAGGACUUGUUAUUGGGCACUUUGUACUGUACGUCUUUGGCAAAAUGCCUCUCUAGUGAACCGUAUGUGAUCGGGGAUAAUGGGGGAGGGGGGGGGGGGGGAGCGGUUCAACAUUUGUGAAGCACCAUAUUCUACGAUCUAGAAAAGCAAAGAGGACUAAGCAGAGUCACCAGCCGCCUGGACUUUGUCUUUGCUCAGUGUUUUUUGCGCUGUGUAAGAAAAUCUUAAAAAAAAAAAGAGAAAAAAAAAGUAAGAAAGAAAAAAAUUCUGUGUAUUGAUUUUCAGAAGUUUAUAUUGUAUUUUUGAUCAUUUGUUUUUUUGUUUUUUUUUUGAUUUUGAAAGUUCAUGGCGAAGAAAUAAAUAUUCAGAAAUAUGAA